UAAGUAGUACAUAAUUAGCAUAUCGAUCUUCACUAGUGAAUUAGAGCAUAUUGAGAUAUACACAUCUUUUCUUUCUUUAGAAGAUGGCUUAUCCAUACUAUUCCCCUCCACCACCUUCACCACCCCUACCACCACCUCCAUCAAACCACUAUUAUGUCCAUUCACCGCCGCCGCCACCUCAUCAGCAUCAUCAUAAGCCAUCCUCACCACCACACCAUCACCAUCGCCAUCAUCCUAAGUCACCUCCAACACCAAAACAUCACCAUGGCCACCCUAGGCCACUCCCACCAUUCCCAGCUCCACAAUCACCUCCACGUGAUUAUACACACCCACCACCACCAUCUCAUUCACCUACUGGCCCAGCCCCAGUGCCUAGUCCCUAUGAAACAAAACCACCAUAUAAUUCUCCACCAAAAGCAACUCCUACUGGACCAGCACAGGAACCCUCUCCUCAAAAGCCAACACCACCUAAACCCUAUCCGCCAAGCCAUGCUCCGAGUCCAGCUCCACCACCAGAGUCACCACCAUCAGUUUAUCCUUUAUCACCUCCAAUCCCAUCAAAAGGUCCAGUUUCACCACCUCAGUACCCUCCAUAUGCAUCAGCAGCACCAACACCACCUAUUCCCGGCUACACUCCUCCUGUUUAUGGUGCACCCCCGCCAAUAUUUAACGCAGUACCACCUUCAUCAAAUGUAGUGGCACCACCACCAGGAAACAACCACACAACUAUUAUUGCACAAUACCAGCUGUUUGUAUAGAAGAACAUGAAGUAAUUCAAGAAACAAUCACGACAGGACCAUGUGGAGAAGAAACUGUUACAGUGUUAAUAGAAGAUGAUGUGCAAAUUCAUGAAGUUGUAGCAAGUGACGCCGUUGUUGCAGCUGGUGGUAGCUCACAUAUGGGGCGUGCCGGUGACCCUCCUUGCGAACCGGAGAGUCCCCAUCAAGGUCAAGGUUACUACCAUAAAUACUGAAAGUCUUCUUUAGCCAUCAGCUUUGAUAGUCUUAUAAGUGCAAUAAGUAAUUUGUGGAAAAGGAUUUGUAUGAUUAUUUAUUUUGUAUUAUUAACUGUUGAACACAAGAUUUUUCAAAAGCUAAUUGCCAUGUAGUAUGCUAUUGAUAAAGAAAGGAGCAGUUGGCCAAUAAAAUAAGGUUAUGCGAGCUAGAUUUAGCUCCAAAAGCACAGGCAAGAGAAUGGGGACUCAUUAUUCAUGCAGAGAGUGUCUGAAACAUGAAAAUUAAGGCAGCUACUACAAGGCUUCUAUGUCAAAAUAUCAAGCUGUUUGUUUGCUUUUUUGUUUUGUUUUUUUUUUCUUGAUAUGGAAAAUUGUUCUUGCGUACAAAAAUGUACAAAAAAAAAAGGAAAAGAAAAUUUUUAUAUUUUCUUAUUUAUCUUCA